AUGGCGGACGAAAACAACUUGCAAAUUCGAAACCAAGAAGCUGCUAUAACUAGCAAAAGAGCCAGAGUUUUACAAUUUAUUGGACUUUUUAUUCCUCCUUCAGGGUUUUUUGGACAAACUUUGACUCGUGCUGUGAUUGUCAUCCUCAGCUGGGCAGUUUUAUGGUCCAUUCUUGGUGCUGAACUUCUACCAGGAGGCAACAUCUUCGGAAUUUUCAACGUGAUAGUGCUUGCCGCUUUAGGUGGCUUUAUGACCAGAAAAAUCUCUAAAGGCACCUUGCCUUCGCUACUAGGAAUGCUUGUUGUCGGAUUCAUUUUACGUAAUGUGCCAGGGAUCAAUGUAGCGCGCCACAUUGACAAGAAAUGGUCAGCAACUUUGCGCAGUAUGGCGCUUGUUGUAAUUCUUACGCGAUCAGGUUUGGAACUGGACCCAGGAGCUUUGCGGCGGCUUAAAUUCACUGUAAUUCGCUUGGCUUUUUGCCCAUGUAUUGGAGAGGCCACCACGGUGGCUGUUGUUGGUAAACUGUUAUUAAACAUGCCUUGGCUUUGGGGGUUUCAACUUGGGUAAGUGUCAGCGAUAUCCGACCGCAAGCGCUAGACGAGCCGCUGCAAAUGCCGCUUUUAAGACUAACAGGGUUUUUUUUAUAUCAAACAUUGAUUGAAAUGAGUGCAGUGCUAUCCAGGAUAAAGGGGCAUGUGAUCAAUUAGAAUAUGUACACCAUGAGAAACAUAUUUCAAUGUUUAAAAUUAUUCCAGGAGCAGUUUGUUUGAUAGAGUUAAACAUUUUACCACAAUAAGAGAUUUUACCUCAGAAAAUUUCCUCAAGCUUUUAAAUUUAAUUUUUCCUCAGUGUUCUUUAGUUAAAUUAAAUUAAUUUCCUGUACAAUUUUGUAAAACCCAAUUGGAUAUCAGAGGGAAUUGUGCUCUUCAAAUAAAGUAUCAUAAUUGGAGAACCUCUCUCCAGAGGAAAAGCCCUUUCCAUCUUCCAGGCAUUGUGCAGACAGUUACAUCACAUAGACCUUUAACUCCCAAGAUCUUACCUUUUUCUCCCCUUGUUACUUGGUUACAAGAAUUAGGUGAUUGAUCAAGAUAACAACUUCUACCUGAUAAGUUUGAGUAUUCUCACUACCUGUUUGCUGGAUGAUGUAUAGAUAUUAUAGGGAGAAGUUACUUGUUGAUCACCUCUGGAAGUUAAAGGGUUAACUACAUAAUUGGUGCAGAAAUGGUUUGGGUGCAAUUAAAUGACAACACACCCAGUUUGUGGUCUGGUCUCAAUAGAAAAUUAGAUAAACUUCAGAAGGAUGGCCACUAAGCUCAUGUUAAGGUAUUUCAUGUAGGUUUAUUGUUUGCUGAUUAUGAAUUCCUUUCCUUUUCAGGUUUGUUCUUGGUGCUGUCACACCAGCUGUUGUAGUUCCCCAGCUUCUCACUUUGCAGCAGAGAGGUUUUGGUGUUGAACAAGGAAUCCCCACUUUAGUUAUGGCUGCAUCAUCAUUUGAUGAUGUCAUUGCUAUAAGUUUGUUUGGAGUUUUUCUUGGAAUUGCAUUUUCAGAAGGUUAGUUAUAGUGCUCCUACAUGUGCUUUGGAAAAGUGUCAUCUUUGUUGAAUUUGUCCUCAUUAAUAAGUAAUUGGCACAUACCUCUAAUGGUGUGUGUUUUGGUAAUUAAUAUUUCUGUAGCUGAUGUGUGUGGUUUUACACUGUGGUUAGGAAACAUAGUGUUCAACAUCUUCAGAGGUCCUAUUGAGCUGUUAAUGGGUGCUGUAUUUGGAAGCUUGGUUGGAAUUUUGUGCUGGUUCUUACCAAACAAAUACGAGGUAAAGUAUUUACACACCAACAAAAUGAUAGUGAAAUUAAGUCAGUUUUUACCGGUCGCCUGUAGCUUUCUCCCCACUGUUGAUAUACCAGAAGUGUUUUUUUUAUCGAGUGCUCAUGAUGCUGGAUUCAGCAUGAUAUUCUCAAACUAUCAUCAUGGUUAUAAUACUUGGUAACUUCAUUUUUCAGGCAAUGGGUCAUUUUUCAAUUAACAAAGAGAAAAUCAUAGCUUUAUUCAAACUUUAAGAAGAUGAUAAUUGAAUUGCAGUUUAUAUGUCACCAUUUACCCACCUAUGUGUUACACGCGCAAUCUUGUUGUGUGUUAAAUUAUACCAACCAAUGGCUCCUAAGAAAUAUUUGCAUUAUUGUCAUUUACAUGUCUGUGCACCAUUUUUUUCUACUGUCAGCAAGACAGAUCACGUAACAGAUUUGUGAUUCUCCUUGGCUGUGCCAUGUUCUCAGUGUUUGGUAGUAAUAUGGCUCAGUUUUCAGGAGCAGGAGCCCUCGGUGUUCUUGUUCUAGCUACAGUAGCAUCACAUGGUUGGGGAGACAUUGAGAAGGUUAGUGAACAGUACACAUCAAGCCUUUGUUAGAUUUGAAAUCAACCAUGGCAACAUACAUGUACACUAUCAUUCUGGUCUGUUAUCUUAAUUUUAUUGUCACAUAGCAUUGUGUUUAAUUCAGUUCUCUCUAGCUCACAAAUCUUAAUUUUAUUUAAUACAGUUUGGUGCUUUCUCAUGCUCAAAGUACAAAUAGUUUCAGUCUUAAGUGCAAAAUUUUGUGGGCUCAACCAAAUUGCAUCUGCCAAUGGGCAUUAAAAUGAAUCAAGCAGUGUACAGGGUAUAAUAAUAUUAUAAACAGUUGCACUCAUUUGAAUAUAGAACUAAGAAGUAUACAUGUAUGUAACUAUUGGUUAGCAAUUGUGCCAAUUGCUUGCUCUGAAUGAUGAUAGCCUCACCUGUCUGUAUAUAAGUUUUAAGGAUUAAUUUGUGUGUUUGGGAAGGUAAAAAGCAUUUAUUACAGCAAACUGUUUUUCCAGGCUCCAAUUGCUGAUGCUAUGGCUGUAGUUUGGGAAUUCUUUCAGCCUCUGCUGUUUGGUUUAAUUGGUGCAGAAGUCAGUAUUGAAUACAUGGAUAGCACACUUAUUGGUAGGUCUUGGGAACAUGAUUUUGUGAAUAAUGCCCAAAUUUUAAUAAUACUCACCGUCUGAUGCCACCAUCCAACAUUGCACUUCUUUUCUCUGCUUCUUCCACAAUCAGUCAGAGAAAUUCUCUAGAAGCAUAUCAGAUUUGAUUUUGUAGGUCUUUGUUCCCCUUUAUCAUGGUAAUUUAAUUCCAAACUGUAGUGAUUGUUAUGGUGGUACCUUUUAGUGCUAGUUGGAAUUGGCACCCUGACAAUGUGGCCAUGCAAAGAGUGUAAGAUUAAUAGUUUGUAACUCAUGACAGUUUUUCAGUAAGAAUUUAUAGUGUGGGGUGUCAUGCACCCAGUGCAGCUGACAAUGGGUUGUUGUGCACUGGAGUUCGGGGAGUGUCAACCACAGUGUAGGAAUCAACAACACAAGUUGAUUCAACAAGAUAUAAUGCUAUCACCUGAAUAUCAUACACAUGCAUGAAAUUAAAAGGGGAAACUGCAAUGUACAAGAUUAAAAAAUUGGCAGAGGCUAAUCACAAAAUAAGUGAAAUUGAAAAGAAAAUUAGCUAAGAUUAAAUACAAUAGGCUGGAACUUAUGACUGAUCCUGUCUUUAAGGGCUUAGAGAAACUGCAACAUUAUGUAACUGGAACUUAAUCUUAUGUAAAAAGAAAGUCUGAUCUAACUCCAUUGAUCUCCUUACUCCAACUACCUUGAUAAUUAAUGGGCGUACCAUUAUAAGGGCAUAACUCAGGUGCACAAUUGUAAACUGGUUUAUCAGGAAUGCUAGCCAAGUAAUUAAUUCAAACUGUGAACAAUAGUACACUGUAUCUAGAAAAUAGGGGCAUCUUGACAAGAAAACAAAGCAGAACUUCUUUUACUUUAAAUCAAAGCAAAGACUUGACAAGAAAACAAAACAGAACAUAAUCAAAGUCUUCUCCAAAUGUUUAUUACAUGGGGUUGUGCUUUAAUCAGCAGUCUCUCUGCAACCUCUUGGUCUCACAUCCCUACCAUUUGAUCAUGAAUUGUGAACAAUUUUCCUCAAUUGUCUUCUUGUUUGAUGUUUGUUUCAGGAAAAGCAUUUGGUUUACUCACCAUAGCAAUGAUAAUUAGACUGAUUGUAACAUUCUUUGUUGUAUCUGGAAAUAAUCUCAGCAUAAGGGACAAGAUUUUUGUUGCCAUAGCUUGGUCUCCAAAAGCAACGGUGCAGGUACAUUGUAAACUUUAAUGGAAUAAAAAGUAAUUUGUUCUUCCUAGAGUCAAAUUUAACAUCAGCUCUUUAACAUGAACCAGUGACAGAAUUCCUUGACAUGUCUUUUUUAAGGCUGCCAUUGGCUCAGUAUCACUGGAUAUUGCUAGGGAACGAGGUUUCACAGGAUUGCAUCAAGAGGAACUUGGAAUUCAGGUACAUUUCCAAUACUGGGUAACAAUAGCGAACCUAAAUGAAGUUGUCAGUAUUAUAGCCUAGCCUUCACCUUUCCUCUUUGUACCAAUCAAUAUAAUGAGUCUUUUUCUCUCCCUUUCACCUGCUUUGGCAGAAUUGUUAAUCCAUGGCUCAUACUUUCUCUUUCACAGUCAAGAGAAAAAACUAGGUUAUUGGGCAAAAUUGCAUGGUCUAGUUUUGUAAAUCUUAAUUACAACAGAGUUUAAACUGGUCAAGUGUACUUUAUCCUUAGAAGCUUUUUUUAACUGCUCUGUAGAUCCUAACCAUAGCUGUGCUGUCCAUUCUCCUCACUGCUCCAACUGGCGCAGUGGGAAUUGCCAUCUCUGGCCCUCGAUUGUUACGCAGUGCAGUAGAAACACAAGAGAUUGGGAGCAAAAGAGAAGUGGAACCGAUUCUUGAGGGACAGGGUGCAGGGUUUGAAGAAAUGAAUACAAGUGUGUAAUGUGGCUUUACAUUGAUUAGUAUGGAGAAAAAAAGAGCUAAGAAACGAGUAACGGAAGAGAGAAACAAACAAUGAGAGAGGAAAAGGGCUGUUAUUUUGCCACAUUGUGGUCUGGUCCUUACUCAAAGAACAAAAGGAAAGGUUGAGUAUUUAUGACUAUGUCAAUCCUUGGUCUGUAUCAAUUGUUUGAUAAUUUUGAACAAAGAGAGUGUGGCAUCAUUGUGAUAGCUUAUCGCGAGGGCCUGAUGCUGGGACUGGAACUGAGAAAGACAGAUUGGUAUCACUGGCAAUCUCUUUUUAAAAGAAAAAGUUGUUAUUGGGAUGUGGAC